AUGACUUGCAUAUCGUUGAUCCUAUCGCCAGAUUUGCUUCUGAGCGUCCGAGAGUUUUGGUUCGAACAUCUGUCAGGGCCAGACAGUUUGGUUAUGCCUACUACCGAUGAGAAUAAGAGAUGGUUCUUUGGCGGAGCAGAGUUUGACAAGCUAUGCGUAGAACGCUUCGCCCCUACUCUUGAACAACUCCGCCGUGACUGUAUCAAAUCAGGCCAAGACAUCAUCUACGCCCUGCAACCAAACGACUCCCACGACUGGCUCAGCCUCAUCCUCCUGCUAGAUCAAAUCCCGCGCAACUGCUACCGCGGAGACAGCGCAGGCGUCGUCUUCAACUACUUCGACCCCAUGGCCAGGGAGGUCGCCCUCACAGCGAUCCAGCGCGGCAUCCCCGAGAGGUGUCCCGAGGUGCGCUGGCGCUUCGCCUACCGCAGCUGGUUCUACGUGCCGCUGAUGCACUCGGAAGACAUUUCGCUGCACGACCUCGCGGUGGAAAAGUACGAGGGCCUAGCACGCGACGUGGAGAGCCUGCUGCCCUCCGAAAUGGCCGUCGAGUGGAGCGACGAGUCCGAGGUGGCGCACGAGUAUCGCGCUGCGGCGCAGAGAGCCGUGCAGGCGGAUGAGAAAGCAUCCAGCGAGUAUGCUCAGCUAAACUUGGGGUUCGAGAAGCGGCAUUGGGCGAUUAUAAAGCGGUUUGGACGGUAUCCGCAUCGGAAUCGGGUGAUGGGGCGCGAGACGACGGAUGAGGAGCGCGACUAUCUGGAGAAUGGGGGGGAGACAUUUGGCGGGUGA